GUAAGCACUUGGAGGAGGCUCGUCUGUGAGAUGGCUUCGACGGGACUGGGAAGAAUUCUCUGCUGUAUUUCACGAUCUCAGGUCCAGCGGGCCAUUUUAUAUGUCGACCGGGCCACUCCUAAACACCAACACCUCCUCCUCCACAAUGAGACCUUGGCUGCUCGUAGCCAUACACCAAAGAAUUUUAGAAAGCCACUGUCUGAGCCCUUGCAUCAGCCUCUGAGAAAUCAAGCCCAUCGUAGGAUCGCUGACUGGAACCAAAAGAGAUCUGGAAUAGACCAGUCCAGACUCCAGAUUGUGGUCAUCAAUCUCUCCUUAGGGGUCUUCAUGAUUUAUUUCUUGUGGCUUCGAGAGCCCAAUGACAUCGAUGAGUACAUGAAUCGUCCGAUCUGGGAACGGCUGCCAGGCAUUGACCCUGAACGAGCAGAGCAGAUGAUGGAGAUGGACAGGAGGCUUGGAUUGCAGGUUGAUACUACGGGCCUUGAGAAAUACAAAAAAGAGUAUUAUGCACAGCAAGUUGAAAAAUUAGAGAAAGAGCAACAGGCUGAGAGGCGCCACAGGGAACUGCGCACGGCUUCACGGAACCAUUUCAGUAUGCUGCAGAAACAUGCCCAAAAGGAGGAUGAGGAAUAGAUUUUCUCCUGUAGUUGUUUUUCAUUUAGAUUUUAAAGAAAUUAAUGAUAACACUAGAUAUAUAUCAAUGGACAUUUUGAAAUAAAUGUCAACACAUGAUAGAUAAACAUAUUUACACAAACACAAAUACUUAGAAAACAGUUCAGACAGGUCUCCCACAUUCUCUCUAUUUCUCUUAUUUUCUUCUGUAUUUAGCAAUAAGUACUUCUGUUUUCUUCAUAUAUCUUUUGCUUCUCUUUUGUGGAGGAAAAUAACAACUUUGCAACAAGUGCACUUAAAAAAAAAAGAGACAGACAGGAAAAUAUAAAGACAGAGAUGCAUAUAAGAAGCAGAGAGAACAAGAAAACUGAUGUUAGGUUAUGUGCAUACAUUUCUCUACUUGAGUGUUCUUUUGCUUAUACUGAAACUUUACUUUUAUGUUAACAGAUGUAUAUAUGCUCUUUGUAAGUGUAAAAAUAAAGACUUCACAAAGAAA